GCCGAGUCAGAAACUCAAUCCUGGGAAUAGAUGUGGAUGAGAGUGAUCCAUGUACAGUUUUAAAGCAGCACAAUGUGCUAAAAAAAAGUCGAAUGGUGAAUGGCAGAAAUGUGACAGUUAUUAACACUCUUCAUCUGCUGAGUCCAGACACUACAGAUCAUCAGAUCACACGGACAGUCAGAGAGUGUGCAGAAAUAUCUGAUCCAGGACCUCAUGCGUUUAUACUCGCACUACAGUACAAAGACUUUACAGAGAAGGACAUGACAAGAGCCAAACAUGUGCUCAGCAAAUUCAGUGAAGAAGCUAUUAACCACACCAUCAUCAUCAUGACUGAUGAAAAAGCAGACGGCUCACACAUGAAUACAGCUCUUUUUCAGUUAACAGAUGUGUGCAGAGGAAGACAUUUGCUGCUUGAAGAGAGGAAACCAGAUUGGCCUGCUGAGAUCUUUAAUAGAGUUGAUAUGAUGCUGAAAGAUACCAAAGAAUACUACGUCACUUGUGAGGUGUAUGAAGACGCUAAAGAAGUGUCUGAGGAAGAAGAGCAGAGCAAAUCUUUGCUAUCAUCCAGAUCAGUUGAUAUACGAGAGUGGAUUUCCACCAGCUUGCCAAAAUAUACCUCUGGAAAACAGAAGCUGAAUCUGGUGCUGUGUGGAAGUGAUGAAUCAUUUAAAGUCUCAGUGUCCAAACUUUUACGAGGAAAACCGAUCGCUACUUCACACCAGAGAUCAAGCAGUGAAGAGCUUUUUAAGAAAGAGGAGAAGAUUCAUGGUUAUCAUAUCAGUCUGCUGGAGCUUCCAGCUCUCAGUCGUCUCUCAGAAGAUGAAGUAAUGCGUCAGACUCUCCACUGUGUGUCUCUCUGUGAUCCUGGAGUUCAUGCUUUCCUCCUCAUAAUUCCUGUUGGACAUCUGACUGAUGAAGACAAACUGGAAGUAGAUAAGGUUUUAAAAAUAUUUGACACCAAGCAGCAUGUCAUAGUGAUAUUUAUCAGUGAUGGCACAAUUAAAAGUCCAGUGACAAACUUUAUAAAAUCCAGCCCAGAAUGUCAAAAGUUGAUCAGUCAUUGUGGAGGUCUGUACUGUGUCAUGGGUCUAAAAGAACCUGCAAGCUCAAGACAGAUCCCAGAACUGCUGGAGUAUAUAGAGAAGACGAAGUCUAAAACAUAUUCAACUCAGAUGUUUGUGAAAGCUCAGGAGAACAGAGGCAGACGUGAAGCAGAGGAGAAAUAUCAAGAAGAAGUGAAGAGACUGGAGAAUAUAAUCAAAGAGUUUCAAGAGAAGGAUCAGUCAGAAGGUGCUGAUUGUACAGAAGAUCUGCAGUGUCUAAGGAUUGUGUUGAUUGGAAGAACAGGAAAUGGAAAGAGUGCAACAGGAAACACUAUUCUGGGAAGAGAGGAGUUUCUGAGUCAAGCAAGCAUGGAUUCAGUGACGACUGUCUGCGAGAAAGAAGUUUGUGAAGUUGAUGGUCGAUCAGUAGCUGUUGUUGAUACUCCAGGGCUCUUCGACACGGCACUGACAAAUGAUCAAGUGGUGGAAGAAAUAGCGAAAUGUGUUUCACUGUCAGCUCCUGGACCUCAUGUGUUUAUCAUUGUGGUCAGUGUGGGAAGAAUCACCAAAGAGGAGACAGACACUAUUGAUCUGAUCAAGAAGAUAUUUGGUACAAAAGCUGCUCAGUUCAGCAUCAUUCUGUUCACCAGAGGAGACGAACUCAAAGAUCAAUCUAUAGAGGAUUAUGUGACAAAAGGACGCAAUCCAGAUCUGAAGAAACUGAUCAGCGAUUGUGGAAACAGAUUUCUGGCUUUUAAUAACAAUGAAAAACACGACAAAACCCAAGUGAUCAAACUACUAAAGUUGAUUGAAGAGGUGAAGAGUAAUAAUCAGGGUCGAUACUUCACUAAUGACAUGUUUGAGGAGGCAGAGAUGUCCAUUAAGAAGAAGAUGGAGGAAAUACUGAAAGAGAGAGAAAGAGAGAUUCAGAAACAGAGAGAAGAGUUACAAGACAAAUAUGAGAUGGAGAUGAAGAGACUCGAGGAAGAGAAACAAAGAGCAGAGGAGGAGAGAAGGAAAAUGGAGAAUCAACUGAAGCUGAAAGAGGAAAAACUCAGAAAAGAGUUUAAAGAGAAGGAGAAAACAGAACAGAAUAAACGAGAGAUUGAAAACCAGAAACGUUUAGAAGAGGAAAAACAGCAGAGAGCUGAAUAUCAUCAGAGAAUAGAAGAAAUGAAGAGAGAGAUUGAUAAUCAGAGAUCACAGUAUGAACAACAGCAGAAAGAAAGAGAAGAUGAAGACAGAAAGAGAGAAGAGAAAUACAGACAAGACCAAGAAAAGAUGAGAAACGAUCAAGAGCGUAUUAUAGCAGAGGUACAGAGAAAACAAGAGGAGGAAAUAAAGAAGAGAGAAUUGGAGAAGAAAAGAAGAAAUGAAGAAGAAGAGGGGGAAAGACAGAGAUGGGAAAGAAGAAUAAAAGAAGCUGAAAAUGACAGAAAAGAGAUUCAAGAGGAAAUUAAACGACAGCAGAGAGAAUGGGAGGAUGAGAUGAAGAGAAGGUUGAGAGAACGAGAGGAAGAAGAAAGAAAACGAAAAGAGAAACACGAAGAACAACUGAGAGAAAAACAAGAAGAACUGGAGAAAAUGAGAAAGAGAUUUGAAGGAGAAAGAGAAGAAGAACGACGG